AUGUUGAAUGUUUCUCGACUUCAUACACUUUUCGAUGAUUAUCCUUUACAUAGUAAUAAUGGUACCAUAAAUGUAUUACUUCCUUCCGGUUCCAUUAUAACUCUUCAGCAAACAACCGUAGAUAAUGUGAGAGAAAUUUUAUGCAAGGUUUGUGAUGAGCUGAAACUUGAUCCGGAAAAAUAUUACAUUGUGAGAGAGGGAUAUGAUCGAGUUCGAUUACAAGAACGAGAUUAUCGAUUGCAAAAGAAAGAGCGAAGUCUUGGUUUAACAAUAUCAGCUAAAAUGUGUAAUGAUGGUGGAAUCAAGGCUGAAGUUCGUGCAAUUCGUGAUAAAACGACCUGUGUUGAAGUGGGUGAUUUGGUGAUAAGCGUUGAUAACCGAUUGAUUAGUUCGUUGAGAAGUGCUGAAGAGGUGCAAAUUUUGUUACGUCACGGCACAAAUCUUGUUCUACGCAAACGUGACGCUAUCGUCUCGCAGUACGUCAGAUCAAUACCGUUAUCUACUGAGACUAGUGGUAGUAGUAGUAGUACUGCUACUACUACUACUACUGCUACAACAAUUUUCAAUAGUUUUGCACCACCACCGCCACCACCACCACAAUCUUUCACAAGAAAUCGUUCCCAUAGUAUGGAUCGGAUAUCCGAUAUUACGUCAUAUACGAAUACAACUCGAAAAGAUCAAGAAAGUGAAUCAGCUAGAUCAUCACCUACUCGAAGUAUUCAUCAAAACUGUCAGUCAUCAUCAAACAGUCAUUUAUUUCGUCAAAUGUCUCGUUCCGCUUAUGAGAAGCCAUCAAGGCGUGCGGAAUAUCGACAUACAACUCCUAUUGGUGCCAUCUCCGUAUCACAUUUUAGUGAAGGAGCGGAAGAUCAACUUUUGAAAACAAUCAGUGAACUUGUAUCAACGGAAGAAAAUUUUGUGCGUGAUGUUCAGAAGCUGGUGAAUCAAUAUUUAAAACCGACAAAUUUACCAUUAUUGGAAACAGCUGAUCGCUUAUUACGGAUUCAAACUUCAUUCCUGUUAUCACUUCUGGAUGCAGCCGGAGAUGUUGCUCGUUCAUUUACAGUCUCACAACAACAAUUGCGGGAUUCAUUGAUUCGUAUUUCGGCUUUAUUUGUCAACAAAUGUAGUAAAUUCAAAAUUUAUAGCGAUUAUUCAGCUGCAUAUUUACGAUUUCAACAAAAUAAAAAGGAACUAAAUGACAUUGUGACACGAUUGGAUAAAUUAAACAUUAGUGGUGAGCAAAGUGAAAGUGCUCAAUCCCUACUAAUCAAACCAAUCCAGCGGGUUCUCAAAUAUCCUCUUUUUUUACAACAAAUUAGAGAUAAUUGUUUUAAAGGAUCUGUGGAAAGGCAACAAGGUGAGCAAGCUCUAACAAGAAUGCAAGCUUUAGCAGAAUAUGUGAAUGAAAUGCAACGAUUAACAGAACAAUAUGGACGGAAUAUUGAAGAAAUUUCGUUAAAAAACGGAGCAGCAUCACGUAUGAAUUUCAGUCAAUUACUAAUGUUUGCUCACAUUAAUUGGUUAAAUUGUCCGGAAAAUCGUUCACGUCCGGUUGCUUGCGUGGCAUUUGUUUUUACCAGCCUAAUUGUGAUUUUCUGUCCAACACUUUCCAAAAACAAGACGAAAGUUUAUCGAAUUUUACCAAUUGUUGAAGUAGAAGUAAACGAAAGCAAUAUUCAAUCAUCUCAGUCACAAUAUGUCUUCAUAAUCACACAUAUCGGUUCAUCACGUGAAUCCGUCUACCAUUUGUGUUGCUGCCAAGCAGAAAUUAAAAAUCAUUUCAUUAAAUCUGUUCGUAAAGCUGCUUCCACUCUCGCGAAAGAGCAACGUCGUCCGAUUAGUGGUAGCAGUCAAUCAGAUGGUGGCUAUAGUAGUGAACGCCAUAUACCGUAG